ACGACGGCGUACGACUGAAAGUGCAGCGAUACAAGGCUCUGAGCCGCGCGCCAGACGCCAAACGCUGCUCGUAGGUCCGACGCAUCCCUACCGUGGCUGCUGCAACGUUUGACGGCCGCGCCGCGCGCCCGCGUGACGCCGCACCGCAAGUUGACCGCCAAGGCCAUUUUUGGCUGUGCAGGCCGCGCGCCCGGGGUUUGGACCGCCGCGCGGCCGCGACGGAACCGACUGUGACCUGGCCCCGGCCCUCCCGGGCCCGGACCCCGUGACCCCGCUCCACCAUGCCCGGCUCGCCCUCGAGUUACGGCGCGCGCGUCGCCAAGUUCUUUAGAGGAGGCGGCGCGUCUCCAAGACGGGGCGACCCGGACCGCCGGUCGAAGAAGGGCGGCCGCUGGGACGCGUCGCGCUCGCCGCCGCUCGACGACACCGUCUACCGCGGCCGGUCCCGCGGCUCGUCGCCCGAGUCCUGCGAUUCGAUCUCCUUAGACUCGUCGACGCGGUCCGAGGUCGCCUACAAGGCGCCUUCGCGCGUCCGCUUCGACCAGUCGAAGAACACGGUCCACGAGGCGGCGGCGAUCGAGGACCCCGCGCUCCUAUGGUGGACGGCCGACGAGCGGCGCGACCAGCUCGCGCGGACGGAGUGGGUCGUGGCCCUCGAGACGAAGCGACGGUUGCUCGACGAGCCGCGGGACCCGAUCCCCGGGGAAUCGAGGCGAGGUCUGGGCAUCGCCUGCGAGCCGUCGACGCCGUCGAUCCGCGCCGAGAAGAUCGCUCAACAUAGAAGGGGCGUUUUGGCCGCCGCCGCGGUCGCCGACGGCGACGACGUCGCGCACCUCGCCCAGUCGCUCUCGGCGGAGGCCGUCGCCGUCGCGCGGCAGAUGGGCGACGCCGACCACCGGGCCGUGAUGACCGAGGUCGCGACGCCGGACAUGCCGUUAGAGUGUUUACAGAGACGCGACUCGCUCGCGCGGCUCGACUUGUUCGGCGACUCGAUCAAGCUCGCCAAGGGCGCCAAGGGCGGCCUCGCGUCGGCACUUGACGCGGACCCGUACGAGAUGGCGUCGGAGCUCGCGCGGUCCGACGUGAGUGUCGGUUCUUAUGAAUCUACUAGAUCGUGGAAGGAGACGGACGCCAUGGACAGCACGAACUACGGCUCGUCGCCCGAGUCCUUUUAGUUGGAGCCGCCGCGGGACUCGUGGUUUCGAGUCUAACCCCGCGGCGCCCUUUGCACAUAUACCCCCGACGGCCCCACCGUCCCAGAAGAAUCCAAUGUAUAAAUUCCUUAUGUAUUCUAAAAAA